AGUCCGCCGAUAGAGGGGCUCCUCGGGAGCACCCGGCCGGACCUGCGUGGGUCUCUGUGUUUAUCCAUCCUUGGGUUCCUGGAUUCCAAGCCUCCUGGAUCCCUGUCUCAGCCAGUAGCUGAAUUACUUCACCUGCUUUCAUUCUCCAUGUACUAGGAAUCUGAGGUCCAGGAGUAUCAGCAGCAAAGAUGUCUAACUAACCACUCCCUCCUUAUCCUGGAGGCCCUAUAGCCCCACUGGAGGAUAAAGUGAAGCCCCACCUACUUCAGGCUGUACCUCCCCAGUGAUGAUGCAGCCGCCACCAGGCAUGCUACUACCCUCUGCUGACAUUGCUCGCCCACCUUAUGAGCCACUGGGUCAUCCAAUGCCUCAGCCUGGCUUUGUACCCCCUCACAUGAAUGCAAAUAGAGCCUACAUGCCUGCAGGUUUCUACCCUCCUCCAGGCCCUCACCCACCUAUGGGCUAUUAUCCAUCAGGACCCUACCCACCAGGACUCUAUCCUGGCCUUGGGGGCCACACGGCCACAGUCUUGGUCCCAUCAGGGGCAGCCACCACGGUGACAGUGCUACAGGGAGAGAUCUUUGAAGGUGCACCCAUGCAAACAGUGUACCCCCACUGCCAGCAGGCAAUCACCACCAAGAUCUCCUAUGAGAUUGGCCUGGUGAACUUUGUACUGGGUCUCUUCUGCUGCUUCAUGCGGUGUGAUCUGGGCUGCUGCUGGAUCCCCUGCCUCAUCAGUGACUUCAAGGAUGUGACGCACAUGUGUCCCAGCUGCAAAGCCUACAUCUACACAUACAAGUGCUUGUGUUAACGGAGCUAGACUUAGACUCCCCCAUCUAUCAGUCUGGCCCCAUGUGCUUUUGCCCCCAUGCUCAGUGGUCACUAACCCUCAGACCCCACUUAGGGUUGGAGGUUCUGCCACUGUCCCCUGGAAAUCUUGUCCUCACCUUGCCCUUCCCUGAGCAUCCAACUCUUCCAGCAAAAAUUCCAUUGGAUUUAAGGCCAAGAGCCAGGGGUUGGCAUGGGGGUGGCACUGAUCUUGAGUGUUGCUUGGGCAUUUGUAAUCCAGAAGAUAAGCUGGAGAGGGUCUCU